AGGAAACUCCUUUCUAUCGAGACCUUGGCUCCUGAAGAAUGAGCAGCCAAUGAGUCAUCCUCCAGGCCUCUCGUCUCUCCCUGGCUGGGGAGUCUUCUAGAAGGGGGCCCCUCCUGACCACCAUGAAAGGGUUAGGAGCCAACCGCAAUCGCUCCGACUCCUGCGACCCCACCCAGGGCCCCCCGGAGCCCCUGUACCCCCACCAGGCCUCCACACUGCCUCGGAGCCCCUACCUUCUCAGCCCCACCAGCAUGGACCACUACGGCACCAUGGACCCGCACCACUACAACCCCUCUGUGGACCACCACUACAAUCAGGGCUCCCUGCCCCCGGACUAUUCUCUCCCUCUCAACAACCAGCUGUCCAACAGCAGCACCUUCCCCCGCAUCCAUUACAACGCCCACUAUGACCCGUCCGACUUCUCCCCGCCACAGGGGGACAGCAUCGGGGGCAUUAGCACGGGAACCCUGGGCACCUCCAUGUCCAUGGGCAUGGGAAUGGGCAUAGGGAUGCAUGGCUCGAGUGGCAUGGGGGGCCUGCAGAGCAGUCGGGGGCCCAUGAUCACCAGCGGCUCUGCCACCAUCUCCGGCGGGGCCAAGAUGAACCGGCAGCUGGCGCCUAACUUGCUGGACCAGUUGGACAAGCAGCUGCCUGGGGGGCCCAGAGAUGGCUUCAGCACACUGCAGUUCCACCGGAGCACAUCGGCCGCCCUCUCCGCCGCCUCCAAGCAGCGCACCGACAGCCCCGGGCGCAUCCGUAACCUGGUGUGCUCUGUCCAGAAGCUCUUCGCCAAGUCACAGUCCAUGGAUGGCCAUAACCUCAAGGGUGUCAACGGGCGUUCGGGGGCAGGAAGUGGCAGCGGUGGGACCUCAUCCGGGACCGAGGACGGUGGGAAGCGGGACCAGCGAGCAAAGAGCAAAGACCGGGGCGGGUCCAAGUCAGAUGGGGGCGGGACGGGCAAGCGGCGGCCGCGUUCCAACAUGUCGGGCUACUGGAGCUCGGACGACCUGGACAGUGCUGACCUCAGCAACUACCGCAACCCCAUAGCCAUGACACUGGGACGACCCACAGCGCAUGCCACCCAGCACGCCACCCACGGUACUGCCUACGAUUCCCAGCAGGGGGCACUACAGCAGCAGCAGGGGCACCAGAGCCGCUACGUGGUCCACAGCGGAUACAACACCAUCAGCUCAUCCAAGAGCCACAACGAGGUCAUAAAGUAUCAACAGGCACUGCCAGGACCUGGGGGCGGAGGUGGGGGCGGAGGAGGAGGUGGGAUCAGCAUGGGGGUGAACAGUAAUGACUUUAUGAAGGGGGGUUCGUGGUCGACACUGACCCUGGGUCAGCCCAGACAGGUGCUGCAGAAGGGCCACUCGGCCACCCUGGACCGGUCCAUGCUCAAGUCCAAGUCAUGCCAGCAGGAGCUGGCCUGCAACUACCUGCAAGUGGGCCGACAGGGGGACUGGAGUAACACGCUGGGUCGCAGCGGUGGAGUAGCCGGAGCCAACGAGAUCCCAUGCAGGCGCAUGCGGAGUGGCAGCUACGUGAAGGCCAUGGGUGACCUGGAGGACAGCGACGACUCAGACGUCAGCAUCAAGCCCUCGCCCAAAAUGGCCGCCCGCCGCCAGAGCUACCUCAGGGCCACCCAGCAGUCUCUGAGCGACCAGCAACCGUCACGCAAGAGCAGCAGAGCCCUGGAUUACGCCAUGCUGCAGGGGGAGCUGGAGGCACUGUGGUCUCCUCUGCACAGUGUGUCCUCUCUGCACCAACUGGGCAGCUGUCUUCCCUCUCUGAGAGAGCUGUCCACCAACCGUAGCCUGGACAACCUGGACUGUCUGGGGGGUCCGGUGGGGGGCUCCCUGUUCCCCCGCUGGGAUGAUGAGGACUUCAGCCAGGGUGGCGGAUGCAGCACCCUGGGGAGGAGCAGCUGCAUUAGCCAGCUACGAGACUUGGAGAUGUUGAGCCAACGCUACGAGGAUAGCUGUGCCGAGUCGUCGUUCCGAGAUUCCCACACACUCUCGCGCUCCCAUUCCCAGGCAGUGGAGCCUCCCGAUCUACCCAUGCCCACGUGCUUCCGAUCUCGUAGCCAUAGCUACCUGCGGGCCAUCCAGGCCGGAUGCUCGCAGGAUGACGACACUGCUUCUGUGGACUCGGAUUCGCCGCCGCCAACCGCCACUACUGUUCGUACCUACAGCACCAGCACUGUCUCCACAUGCAUCACCACCUGUAAGAAGCCGGCGCCCCCGCCCGUGCCUCCCCGCACCACCUCCAAGCCCUACAUCUCGGUGACGGUGCAGAGCAGCACAGAGUCGGCCCAGGACACCUACCUGGACCACCAGUCUGAGCGCGACCGUCGCAGCGAGACCAUCACCAGCCAGUCUAGCCAGGCACACAGCAAUUCCUCCGACAGCCUCGACAGCACGCGCGCCAACAGCCUGGCUCGGGGUGUCCCUCGGCCUAUCCCCAUGCCCGUCGCCAUCCACCGGGAACCCCUCGCCACCACCGUCCACCACGCCACCACCGGGACUGACACCAAUGACUCCCACCAUGAACCCCUGAGGACAGGCGGCAGCAGAGGGAGCCUGGCAGCAGAGGAGCCACGAGCGGACAUCGUGCCCCGGAGAAAGCUAUCCUCCAUAGGGAUACAGGUUGACUGCAUUCAGGAGGAAGUCCAGCGAGAGGAGACACCGCCACCGCCAUUGGCCAGAUUCCAGUCAAUCGGAAUCCAGGCGGACGACGGCUGGCACAGUUGCUCCAGUAGCAUGGCCUCCAAGCAGGAGACAGACUCUGACACACAGGACCUUCCCAUCAACUCGCACGCCAACUUCCACGCCAAGCCCGCCGCCGAGAAGAAGAGCAUGGUCAACAGCGCCUGCCAAUCCAUGGCCUCGCCCCCGUGCAGCGGCCAGGUCAGCAAGGGCAACGGAUCAAAUCCCACCGUUGACACCAGUACGUCGCCACCUCCGCUUCGGCAGAUCCUCAACCGCUCCACCACACGGUCCGACUCCUCCGACUCCUUCUCCGAGAGCAUGGACCCGGCCCUGGACCCCUCAUCCCUGCCCCCUCCGGACCCCUGGCUGGAGAGCGGGAACGGAAAUAGCGGUAGCGGGAACCCUAAUGCGGUGCCCCCUCCAGGCCCUGCCUGCCGGCGGGACGGCCACUGGUUCCUCAAGCUGCUGCAGGCGGAGACGGGCCGCAUGGAGGGCUGGUGCCAGCAGAUGGAGCAAGAGACCAAAGACAACCAGCUCUCAGAGGAGGUGUUGGGGAAGGUCCGCAGUGCAGUGGGCAGUGCUCAGCUCCUCAUGACCAAGAAAUUUGAGCAGUUCAGAGGGCUGUGUGAACAAAACUUGAAUGUGAACGCCAACCCGCGGCCCACAGCCCAGGACCUGGCGGGCUUCUGGGACCUGCUGCAGCUCUCCAUCGAGGACAUCAGCCUCAAAUUUGACGAGCUCUACCAACUCAAGUCCAGCGACUGGCAGUCCCCUGCCGUGGCCCACUCGCCCCCCGAGCGGAAGGAGGACAAGAAAGAGGCCCCUCCUCCAGUGCCAAAGAAGCCCGGUAAGGGGAGGCCGGUGCUGGGCCGCGAGAAGAGCGCCGACUCCGCCUCGUCCACCUCUUCGGCGGAGAAGCAGCGGACGGAGGCCCGCAAGCGCCUACUGGCUGCCAAGAGGGCCGCCUCGGUCCGGCAGAACUCGGCCACGGAGAGCGCCGACAGCAUCGAGAUCUAUGUCCCUGAGGCCCAGACUCGCCUCUAAGAGAGAGAGCGAGAGAGAGAGAGAGAGAAACUGGGAUGGAGGAAGGGAUGAUGGCGGAGGGAGAGAGGGAGGGUUGGGGUCUUUUCACCACACGCAGGGUCGUCUGGUUUUGAUGGCCGCCAGUCUACAGUAGAUGGAGUGAGAAACAAAGAGAGAGAACUUUUGGGCUGUAGACUAUAUGGGGAAUGCUUGUCUCCUCUCACGAGGCUGCAAUGGAAAAACCUAAACCACAGCCUUUGUUACAAUUUUUUGAACUUUUUGGGGGGUUAUUUUAUUAGGAUCCCCAUUAGCUCUUGCGAAAGCAGCAGCUACUCUUCCUGGGGUCCACACAAAACACGAAACAUGACAUAAUGCAGCUCACAUUUAAAACGCCGCAGAUAGCCUACAUACCAGUACAUACACACAAAAGUAUUUCGCAAAUGAUGACAUUUUUUUUGUUGAUGGUAUUAUUAUUAUUAUUAUUAUUAUCUCAUUAAGAAACUAUAUCAAGACUAUUUUAGAUGUACCUGUAUCUUGGCUAUAAGAGAUCUAAUAUGCGGACAAGAGUAAGCGUUUGUGCUUUCCAAUGCCCCUCCCUCUCCCUUGCCUUGGCCAACCCAUAGUUUGCACAACACCACCAUGCGGUCAAAUGUACACACACUUAUUCGGAGGAGCGCGCACACACACACACACACACACACACACACACACACACGCAUCAGACCCACAGCUAUCUUAUGUCUUCCUGGUGCUUUUUUGUUUUCAUUGUGUUUAUCUGUUUUGUAUGAGCCCUUGCCUGCAGCUCUAGAUUCAUGAGCAGUUUCGGAGAGCAGGGCACUGAAAACUGAAUUAGGAAAUAGAGGAUUGGGGUAUUUCAUGUCAAAUACCACAACUUUAUAUAAGUGAGAUCUAUUGAAAACAUAAUGUAUGUUUUUGUCCAACCUUUUUAAAGAUAUAUCUGAAAAAAAGAAUCGGUACUUUAUAACCGACUCGAACUACACUCACACGUCGAUAUUUACUGCAAUAACGUUUGAAGAUCCUACUUUUCCAUUGAGAUAUUGUUUUCUGCCAUUUUUGGUCUGAGGAUGUAUUCAUCAGCCAAUGGCCACAGUCCCAUGACAAUGGCCACACUUUGCACUCGCAUGUGUCUCCAUUGGUCUGUGAAUUUACUAAUCGGUCCUUUUUAUAAGGCACCACACAGGGGGAAAAAACAGACUGAAACCUGGUGGAAACUCUCAUUUAUUUUUCCAUUGCAAAAUGUUUCGCUACGUUGUUUCCUAAUGAAUACAACCAUGGUGUAGGUAUAUCAGAUCAAUUGAAUAUAAUUCAGGUUUUGUGGAAAACGUAGACAGGACCACCAUUGAGAACUGUCCCACUGGGCAAAAAGUGAUUGAGUUUUUAUUGUUUCCUUGUUAUUUCAGGAUGCUUUUAACAACGUUAUCAUGCUGCAUCAUUGUGGCUAUUUCAUUGAACAUUUCAAAAGUCUGUGGGUUUUAUAAAGUAGGUACUUCUAGCAACUCAAGCUUGUUGCGGCAGCAAUAUAAUUCAAAAUGGUUUCUCUCCCAAACUUCUGCCUCAACUUCCCUCUCUACAAUUCACCUUUUUGUGUUUUGGCAUCACAGUUUUUUAAUAUUGUAAAUGAGUUUGCACAGAUGCUAGUGUGUUUCACAUAUGGGACCACUACUCGGUAUGCAUGGGAAAGUUGUGGUUAGUUCCACCUCAAAUCCCAGUCACGUUAACCAUUAAUUCCAUUUCAAAUCUCUAUAGGAUAGCAAAUGAAACUAAGGCCAAUUCAGACUUGAGGUUAAGCAUCAAAUAACUUUGACUAAUGCCUGCUAAAUGACAGUGGUUCUAUUCGACUAUUCUCCACACUGCACAUACCCAUGUAAAUGGUCUGUGAUUCACUGCACUGCAUAUUCAGUGCUACUGUAUGGCUUUUCCCACGUCACAGUUCCUGACCAGGCGGCCUAUUCAAAAGAGAUGGAGAAAGGAAAGGACACAACUCGAGGAAGGAUUAGGAGACUAGGAGAGGAAACUGCUUUAGACUAUUUCAGUAGCACUAUGUGAAACCAUGUUGGAAGCUCUCUUACCCCCCCCCCCCCCCUACAGGUAAUAGUUUGCACUUCAUCUCAAUUGUCCAUGACAGUUUUGGAGGGAAGGAUUUCAUUCUUGAAUGUAGCAGAACACAUUGUUUGCAUUAAAGAUGUUUAACUAAGCACCCUGUCACACCACUGCCUACCAUUGUUGCAGUUUUCUUACUUUUUUUGUUAAAUAUCAUCCCUAGCUACCUACGUUUUUUAAAAAUUGAAACAAAUGAUUACAUCUCUUUAUAGUACAUCUAUUUGUAAUUUUUUUUGACAUUUAUUUUUUGUUGGUCCUUUAACAAAAAAGAAAUGCAUUACAUUUCUGCCUGUGGUAUGUAUAGCCACUUUUUUAUUUAACCUUUAUUUAACUAGGCAAGAACAAAUUCUUAUUUUCAGUGACAGCCUAGGAACAGCGGUUUAACUGCCUGUUCAGGGGCAGAACGACAGAUUUGUACCUUGUCAGCUCAGGGGUUUGAACUUGCAACCUUCCGGUUACUAGUCCAACUCUCUAACCACUAGGCUACCCUGCCGCCCCAUAUAGCCAUCACGUGAUUCACUCUCUCAAGGGGCCUGUAAAUGUGGAAAAUGGAAUGAUUCCAGUCAAGUGAUUUAAAAAGUAGCCUAAUCGCUCAUCUAAUAAAACAUAUUAACCUUGUCAAAUGCAAAUAUCGGUAAUACAUUCUUUAUCUGGGUGUGAGAGAUCAAUACAUUUUGAAAUGCAAUGGUAUUUAUUUCACCACUUGGGGACAUUUGUUAGAGUGUACCUGUCAAAAGUUGGUGAUUUUCAAAUGAUGAAACUCUGAUGAAGACCGCUUGCUGUCGAAAACCAUUAGUAACUAAAUCAUAGCAUCGGAGCUACUAGAGUGUAGCUAGUGUAGCCUUUCCUUUUCUCUAAACAUAUUUAGCUUUCUCUAAAAGACUCCAAUGGUUGCGGGGAGACGCCAUGGGUGUGACCCAAGUGGCACCCUAAUUCCCUACAAAGUGAACGCGCUUUGAAAGUACUUUUCAAAAGUAAUGCACUGUUUUUUAGGGAGUAGGGUGCAAUUUGAGACAACUUCUAUAAAAAAGGCAGAGUGAACUGUAUACUACCAGUGAACAGCAUUUUCACAGUUGGUCAUUACAAAAAUGCUUCCGACCAUACAUUUCCAACAAGUACUGUUUAAAAAGAAUGUAUUUUAUAGCUAAUUAAGACUUUUAGUGGUAGCCAGAUACUGGUUCAUUGUGUUUGUUUCUUGUUGUUUGACAAAACACUGAAGAAUGCAGUCUCCUCCCCCUUCUCACUAUCUCUCACACACUAUGACCAACUGCUAAUGAAUGUUCUCCGUCCAAAUCCACGUGGUUUCCCCUUUGCUACACAUGGCUAGGGCGUGCAGUAGUGACAUGGAACUCUACCUACAUCUUCACUAUAUGUCAGAGUCAAAACCAAUGACUUUUCUUCCAUUUCCCCCCCCCCCCCCAACAUGUUCUCCUGCACCAUAUUGCCGGUGACAAACACUACCUUUCCCUGCUCAUUAAUUAGUGGUUCCUCAGUUGUUCCAAUGGCUCAGUCUGUUGAAGAUGGUGCUCGCAACACCCGGGUCACCACAUGGGACAUAUACAAUGUGUUCGGUUGAAUAAAAACGACAUUCACUUAUUUUUACUUAAGUCAUUCCAACCAUAUGCCUGGUUGCUUGUCAGCUAGUUGCUCCAUUUCUCAUUUCUCAUUUGGGGGUUAUUUUUCUCCCCACCACCACAGUGACAGAAUAGCCUGAGCAUCAGGCUUUGCAUUGGAAAGGCCUGGCUUUUAUUGGCCAUCAUCCCCCCUCCUGGGAAAAGGUCGGUCUUGAUUGCAGCCUAUUGUUUGCUGUUGUGUGUUUGCCUGAAUUGCUGAUGGCCCCCUUUUGCUCUGCUCAGUAAACGGCGGGGUGUCAAUGGCUCUGCUCCCUCUCUGUGAAUAAGUCAUCUCCAGGCUUUGUGUGACAAUCACUUGUCAUUGGUGAUUUGAUCAUUUACCAGGAAGGGGGUUGGGUGUGUCUGACAAGUUGUGUUCUUGGUUUGCUCUUGUGACCAAUGUAGUUAGACGUGGGUAUUUGUUUUUCAUGCUUAUUCUGGACCAUUCCAACUCGUUUCUCUGGUGUUUUGUAAUCCAGUGCCUUGGACUUGGAUGCAUUCUGUUAUAACAUGAGGCUCCCGAGUGGCGCGGUGGUCUAAGGCACUGUAUCUCAGUGCAAGAUGCAUCACUGCAGGAGCUGGUUUGAAUUUAGGCUGCACCACAUUGGGAGUCCCAUAGGGCGGUGCACAGUUGGCCCAGGGUCGUCCGGGUUUGGCUGGGGUAGGCCGUCAUUGUAAAUAUAAUUUGUCCUCAACUGACUUGCCUAGUUAAAUAAAGGUAAUAAAAGGGCAGUGGAAGGUAGGCCAAGAAAGAAAACAAGUAGGCGGCCAGUACGAUACAGAAAAUUUUUACAACGAAUACAUACUGUAUAAGGAGCAGAUCGGCCUAUAGUGUAUAUAACAUCAGAACGCACGACUGCAACGCAUUUUGACUGAAAGAGUCUUCUUCAGGCAGGGGGAACAUAGGGGUAACAAGUGUUAUUUGUAGCACUAUAUAAGAGCCUGCUAGAUUGCGCAAAGCAAUUUAUAUUGUAAGUCGAUAACAGGGUAAUGGUCAUAUGAAGAAAAUAAUGAAACUGACUAUCAAUACUGAUAAGAAUGGAUGUCCUCCCCCCCCCCCCCCCCCCCCUAUCACUUCACUUGGGCUCCGGCGGGCCCCUUCUGGCCUUCCAAAACCACUUCCAGACACCCGUUUUCCAAGGUGGUUUCCCAUCCAAGCACUAAUCAGGGAUAAUCCUGUUAGUUUCAGAGGAAAGACAACUGAGAUCUGUCAACACUGCCAGCUUUAUUUUGAUUUGAGUCAGUUCCUGACAGGAAUUGAAAUAAUGUAAUAUGCAUAUGGUGAGAGAGAGAGAGAGUGCGUCAAGGACAAAAAAAAGCUAUUACAGGAUGACAAAGGCAGUCCACUUCUGCUCUAAUCUGCGUGAAUACGUAAAUGACAGCAACUGUCUGUCCCUGAGAGACUACGGCAGAGGCUUGUCUCAUACAUUUAAACAACCCACUGCUCCAAUACACAAACCCGAGGGACACACCUAGGCCAAUUUCCUCAAGAUGUUUAACCAAUGUCCUGAUUCUCUGUAGGCAUGAAAGAUCUUAUGACACGUGUUGAGGUGUUUUAAGCGUUUGUUUCGGAGAUUUAGAUCUAGGCCUUACCCAGGUGUAAUGGAUUGGUCGAUAUUCACAAUGUCACAUUUUGCUUGAAAUUAUGAAGCCAUUGUUUUGUUUAGAGGAAAUCGAGUGACUAAUUGACAAAGGCCAGUUGAAAUACUCUUAAACCAACAACAACAACUUUAUCAUGGUCCCUUUGGUGUAGAUUACACAGUGUACACUGACUUGAUGUGUUCCAUGAAACUGCAUUUGACCAUGCUGUUUUCAUGUGCAUUAAAUGUGUUCACUUGAUAUUCUCAUGAGUUGUAGGUCUGCAUUGGUAGCAAACCUCCACAAGGAAGAGAUGUUUUAGACUGUCUUAUAAUUCACAGCUCUUGUUUAUUAUAAUGGUAUUUUCAAGGCUUUACAAUAUUGGUAAAGUUUGGCCAUGUUCCAAUUCCUUACUGCAUUUAGCGAUGCUGUUUGUCUUGUCACACUUAAUCUUCUUAUAAUUCAGAAGUGUUUUUCACAUCACCAGUUUUGACUCGACUCAUCUGUGCUGUUAGUGAGUGUGACAUAUUAGGGUGGUCAACAAUCUUUUUGGAUGUGUUCACCAUGGAAUUCUGACUACGGGCCAUUUCCUGAACGUUUUUUCUACAUCUUCAAACUUCUAGAAGACAUGACUGUCGUGGUGGACACUUGCCAUUCUCACUUGGACUCACAGCAAACUCAUUUCUGUGAGACUGAAGUCAAUUUGAACUGAUUUACAGUAUAUGACUCUCAAGGCUAGGAUACAACAAUACAUUUCAGGGGGUGCCCAGAUAGGGUACUCCAGGGUAGGAGUACAUGUCAUGCCACUCCCUGGUCCAAAGGCCUACGAAGCUAAAAUAAGCCCCCUCCUGAAUUGUCUGUCCGCUUUACUUUGUACCCUUGGCCUACAAGGGUUGGGAGAGGGAAAGAACCAACACUCUUACCACAGGAGAUAUGAAGCAAAAAAGAGAGACACUAUAACAAAAAAUAAUGAAAUAUUUUAUGAAACAAGCACAUAUUUUAUUGAAUAGGAUUUGUUCAUUAUUGAUAAUGCUAUACAAGUUAGGCUGUAUUUGUCAGGGUUUUCGGUUUAGUGUAAAAGGUUGAGAUGCAAUUAGAUUUACUCUGAUUCCUGUGACUAUCUACUCUGGUAACAUUAAAGCAUAUUAUGAAAUACAAAAUGAAUUGAGUAAAUUGGUUCUAUGCUAAGUUGAACAUGUUAUGAUAAAGUAAUUCACUAGCCUGGUCCCAGAUCUGUUUUGUGAUGUCUUGGCUUAUGGUCAUUGUAACGCAGCACAAACAGAUCUGGGACCAGUUAGUAAUUCCCCAUGUACUCAUCAAAAUCACAUUCUGUUGUAAAUAAGAACGAAAUCUGAAGGCAAGAGAACCGCUUAAUCUUUUACAAUGUUGUAGAUUUCUUUAUACAAUUUCAAAGAGCUCAUUUGUUCAAAUAUGUACUGUAUAACGAAGAGAGAAUAUCAUUCAAUAAAUUGCACACAAUACUUUUUCAAACCGUU